AUGGCAGCAUCUUCCUCAACAAACCCUAAGAACCCCAACCCUAACAACUAUGAAAACUAUGCAGAAACGAUGACAAAAACUAAGAACUUUGCAGCAAUAGUGAACAAUGAUGGUAAUGCCACCAUGCAGACGAUGGAAAAUGUAAUUGAUCCUAUUCCAAUCAAACCAGUCGAGAUAGUUGAUGGAGAACACGUGGUGGAAUGGAGAGAAGAAAAAGUUGAUCGUAUGAACAUAAUUGAGAAGCUCCAAUAUGUUGUAGUUGGUAAGUUUUCAUAUGGCUGGCCGGAGCUUGAAGAAUUGAGAACUCAGAUCCCAUUGCAAUGUGGGAUUAAAGGAGAUUGUUGUAUUGACUUGUUUAGAAAUAGACGUUUUCUUAUGAGGUUUGAAAGGUUUGAAGAUUAUUUACAGAUGAUGGCAAAGACGGCUCAUUACAUCAAAUCGAGAGAUGGAGGAAUGUACCAGAUGAGACCCUUGUUAUAUAAUACUAGAUUCAAAAUUGAUGAGGAAACUACAGUGGCGAUGGCUUGGAUAUCUUUUCCAAAUCUAUUGCCAACUUUCUUUAUGAAGAACUCGUUAUUUUCUCUAGCAUCUGCAGUUGGUAAACCAUUGCAACUGGAUAUGGCCACUAUUAAUAAAACUCGACCAAACUGUGCUAGGGUUAAAGUUAUAGUAGAUCUUGCUGCUAAUCUCCCAAAAGUUGUUAACAUGAAGAUCACAUAUGAGAAAUCUGAAGUUUCUAGGAUUUUUAAGGUACAAAUUCAGUAUGAUGUAUUGCCAAAAUAUUGCACAAGAUGUAAGUUGCAGUGUCAUAAUGAAGAAGGUUGCAAGAUUUUACAUCCAGAACUGAGAGUGGUACAUGCAGAAAAAAAUGACAAGGGGAAUAGUUCAGAGAUUCAAGCUGCUUAG